UUGCGCCUCGGCGUGCCGGAGUGGCCGCUGGAACUGGCACGGGGGAAUUCGGAGCACAUUGCUAGUGGGCGCGGCUGGCUAGGCCCCUGGCGACCGGAGGCCUAGGAAUCGCUUGAGUUUUGCGGGUUCGGCCCUGUGACCUCCGUUUGACUAAGUCGCCCUGCUUGACGGACACUGCCGUGGCAUCGUAGGAGCUGUCUUCCGUCCUGUGCGGCGGGAAGCGGCGGCGACCUCAACGUCCUGAGAGAAGCUGAGGUCCAUCACCAUCCUCCAGAAUGCAAUGGAAUAUACCACGGACUAUGCGGCUGGCACACAGGACACUCUUGGAGCCACAGAAAGCUGGUCUCUUUGGACACCAUCACAGCCUGAAAGGACUGUUACUUUUGCAUAAUGGUGAAUACAGAAUGGCUUGGGCACAGCACCCUCAAAAGAAGUGGCUACAUUUACCUGUUGCUCAGUGCCUUGCAAAUGAAAGAAAGUCAUUGGAUGCUUAUCCAGGGAACCUCCGCCACAAGCAAUGCAAGCAGGAAAUUUUAUCCAGGAGGGUUUUAUCAUCCAGUGCUGCGUCCCAAGGAACUGCCCCUGACAAAAAGGAAGAGCCGGAUCCUUUACAAGACAAAUCUAUUAGUCUUUAUCAACGGUUUAAGAAAACACUUAGACAAUAUGGAAAAGUCUUAAUCCCUGUGCAUAUAGUGACUUCUGGUAUUUGGUUUGGAACAUUUUACUAUGCAGCUUUAAAAGGAGUGAAUGUCAUCCCUUUCCUAGAGCUUAUCGGGCUACCUGACAGUAUAGUUGAUAUCCUGAAAAAUUCCCAGAGUGGAAAUGCCCUAACAGCAUAUGCCAUGUUUAAGAUUGCGACACCUGCUCGCUACACCGUGACCUUGGGAGGAACAUCCUUUACUGUGAAGUAUUUGCGCAGCCGUGGCUACAUGUCAACCCCUCCACCUGUCAAGGAGUAUUUGCAGGACAAGAUGGAAGAAACCAAGGAGCUCAUCACAGAGAAAAUGGAAGAGACUAAGGACAGACUCACUGAAAAAUUGCAAGAAACCAAAGAAAAAGUUUCUUUUAAGAAAAAGGUGGAAUAGGGGUGCCUUAUAUAUCAAGUUAUAGAAAAUUCCUGCCCUUUAACCCUCUGUAGACAUUGGGCAAAGAUUCAUGCUUCUAAGUAUUUUUGUUGUUAUUGUUACUUGCCAACAUAUAUACCAAUUCUCUGAGGGUUAAAGAACAAAGGAUGCCUUUUUUACAGUUAAAUAUCAGUAGGAAAAAUCAGCAUUUUUUAAAGUGAAGUAAAGAGCCCAGCAUAAGAAUUUCACGUUACUAAUGUGCCACAGUGAGCAUAAUUAAUGUCUUAGAAGUCAGGGUUCUUUCUCAGUCCUCUGAAUCAGAUUUACUUUAUGUCCCUUCUAGCGAUAGUGCGUGGCCAUGGGCAGGAUGCUGAUUCUGGACCGCAGUCUUUAAGUCAUGAAGUAUGCAGUUCUCUGUGUGGGGACGAACUUGUGCCAUCCAAAUUGCCUAUGGUAAGGGAGUACUCAGUCUAUGACAGAGCAUCAAACAGUUAUUUGCCAGUUGAAAUACAGACCUGAUUUCAAGAAAAAUGUAUAAAAAUCAGUUAUAUAUGUAAAUAAGACAUAUUGGCUAUAUAAAUGAAAAUGCACCCUUUAAAUUGAUUUUUACUUGAAGCAUGUCAGAAUCAUAUUUUUUUAAAAGCAAAUAUGUGGCCACUGAUAUUUUUUGAAACUUGAUUAGAAUAUCAGACUUGUAAAACUCACUUGUGUCUGCUUCAACUAAUCUUUAGGAAGAAAAGUGAAAGCUUUUAAAAUUUAUUCUGAAAUCAAAUAUUCUAUAUUAUUAGCAACUCAAGCUCAGUGUUCUCCAGCAGGUCCAGGCUUUAGAGGUCCCUGCUGAUGAUUUUGGUAAAAGCAAAAGCUUGUUGGGCUGAGUAUGGGAAAGAUUUUGGAGAACAUGGUGGUAUUUUAAAGAGCUGGUGUCCAGUGUGCUCAGGUGGUCCUUUGCUUCUGCAACUUCAGUCCUACUGCAUUUUGUUCCUUACAUCUUGGAUCAAAACAGAGGAACCUUGUGUGCCAUGGGUACCAUUAACAUCAUGGCUGCUGCCUUUCUGCACUAUUGAAGGGAAUGAUUGUGGCUUGAGUAUUCUACUUGACUUCCAUUGCAACAAAACUGUCAUUUGCUUGAAAUAAGUCAGCAGUUAUCAGAUAGGCAAGUUCCUAUGAUUGUGGGAUAUGUGUAUGUACGCUAACCUUUGAGUUGACAUUCGAGGAAGAAAUGGCCUGUCUUUGGAGAUCACUGUGUUUUACUUGCCUGCUACAGCACGAUGUCAGAGGUCUUGCCACACAGCUCUUUUGUUUAGUAACCACUGUUUGGCAAGAUUUUUAUGUAAAAUGCUUUAUUUUGCCAAAUUUAGAAUAAAGAGGAGAAAAAAUUUA